CUCCCCGCCGCCGGGAAUGGUUCGCCCCGCAGCCCGGGCCGGCCUCUGAGGGGGGCCGCGGACGCCAUUUUGUGCGGUGCUAGCGGAGGGCGGCGGGCGGGGGCGCGGCGGCGCUGAGGGGCUCCCGGAGACGCCGCUCCCUUCCCUGGCCGCAACUUCCAGCAAAGAUGUCGGAGUAUAUCCGGGUGACGGAGGACGAGAACGAUGAGCCCAUCGAGAUCCCCUCGGAGGACGACGGCACCGUGCUGCUGUCCACAGUGACCGCCCAGUUCCCCGGGGCGUGUGGGCUGCGCUACAGGAACCCGGUGUCGCAGUGCAUGCGGGGGGUCCGGCUGGUGGAGGGCAUUCUGCACGCGCCAGAAGCCGGAUGGGGCAACCUGGUCUAUGUUGUUAAUUAUCCCAAAGAUAAUAAGAGAAAAAUGGAUGAAACAGAUGCAUCAUCAGCUGUGAAAGUGAAACGAGCAGUACAGAAGACUUCGGAUUUAAUAGUCUUGGGUCUUCCCUGGAAAACCACUGAACAAGACUUAAAGGAAUAUUUCAGUACGUUUGGAGAAGUUCUGAUGGUGCAGGUUAAGAAGGAUAUUAAAACUGGCCACUCAAAAGGUUUUGGUUUUGUUCGGUUUACGGAUUAUGAAACCCAGGUGAAAGUAAUGUCUCAGCGGCACAUGAUAGAUGGAAGAUGGUGUGACUGUAAACUUCCCAAUUCUAAGCAAAGUCCUGACGAACCUUUGCGCAGCAGAAAAGUGUUUGUUGGGCGCUGCACUGAGGACAUGACGGCAGAGGAACUCCAACAGUUCUUUGCCCAGUACGGAGAAGUGUUAGAUGUCUUCAUUCCUAAACCCUUCCGAGCUUUUGCUUUUGUUACAUUUGCAGAUGAUCAGGUUGCCCAGUCUCUUUGUGGAGAGGACUUGAUCAUUAAAGGAAUCAGCGUACAUAUAUCCAAUGCUGAACCUAAGCAUAAUAGCAAUAGACAGUUAGAGAGAGGUGGAAGAUUUGGUGGUAAUCCGGGAGGCUUUGGGAAUCAGGGGGGGUUUGGCAACAGCAGAGGAGGUGGGGGAGGACUGGGUAACAACCAGGGCAGUAACAUGGGCGGAGGGAUGAACUUCGGAGCCUUCAGCAUCAACCCUGCCAUGAUGGCGGCAGCACAGGCAGCGCUGCAGAGCAGCUGGGGAAUGAUGGGCAUGUUGGCUAGUCAGCAGAACCAGUCUGGGCCGUCGGGAAACAACCAGCCCCAAGGCAACAUGCAGCGGGAGCAGAACCAGGGCUUUAGUUCAGGAAAUAACUCGUACGGUGGCUCCAACUCGGGGGCAGCGAUAGGCUGGGGUUCGGCCUCGAACACGGGCUCCAGCAGUGGGUUUAAUGGAGGCUUUGGUUCAAGCAUGGAUUCCAAGUCGUCAGGCUGGGGAAUGUAGACGCAGUGGGCUCUGAUACUGACUCUAUGGUGGGAAAUCAAAUUUUUCUAACUCAUGGUAAGUAUACUGUAAAUUACAUAUAUACUAAAUUUUUCCAGAUCAGUUUGUUCAGUGUGCAGUAUAUUCAGCAGUAUUUUUGACAUUUUUCUUUUUUAAAAAAAAAAAAGAAAAGAAAGGUAAAAGGAAUUUUAUAAGUUUUGUUACAUAUCUUGUUGGAAUACUGAAUGUUUGGAAGUGGACUGCUGUUUGCCCGAUAGGUGAACUAACACUACAGUUGAUAGGAAAGGUUUCUCCUGUAAUACUUUAUCCCUUACUUCCUGGCUACCUGAAUUCUUUGCAUGUUCAAAAUGGAAACCAUUGGUCAGAAACAGCAUUCUCUCCCUCUUGUUUUUAAUUUGAUCCCACCAUAAGACUCUCCAAGUACCCCAGUUGGAGAACACAGUGUCGUUUUUGUUUUGUGUUGUUUUUUUUUUAACACUGUCUCCCCUCCAUACUAAAGUACGAUAUGAAGGCUUCAUUUAAUCUCUGCAGUUCAUCUCAUUUCAAAUGUGUAUGGAAGAAGCACUUCAUUGAAAGCAGUGCUGUAAAUAUUCUGCCUUAGGAAUACUUCUGUCUACAUGCUUUCUCAUCCAAGAAUACUUCAUCACACUGCACAUGCUGCGUCUUAGACGGUGGGUGUUCCAUUUUUAUCCGCUACUCUUUAUUUCAUGGAGUCGUAUCAACGCUAUGAACGCAAGGCUGUGAGAUGGAACCAGAAGGCUGUUUGAACUUUUGAAACCUUGUGUGGGAUUGGUGGUGGUGCCGAGGCAUGAGAGGGCUGGUAUGUGCGAGAUAAAGGAGAGAGCGCAUGCAGAGACCUGGUGGUGCAUUAUGGGAUUUUAUUUUACUGGGCGAGAUGUCUCUCAAUCCUGUGGCUUUGGUGAGAGAGUGUGCGGAGAGCAAUGAUAGCAAAUAAAGUACGAGUGUUUACUGCAUUCAAAGGACAUCCACAUGUGGAAGACUUUAAGUGGGUUCUAUACCUAGUUAAUCAAUUAGUUGAAUGUGUUACGUGAAAUGAAUAUUUGUAUUUUUUUUCCCUUAUGUCAACUGCUGUGAAUGCUGUAUGGUGUGUGGUUUUUUUUUUUUUUCUGUUAAUGAUCUGUAAGUGUGGUAAUGUGAAUUGAAGAUGAUGGGGUUCGUGAGGAGAACAUUGAGCUUGUGGUGUGCUUUGCAGUAGCUCUUGCAGCAGAGAUCACUAGCGAGCUCAGUGUGCCUCUUCAGGGUGGAAGCUCCACUGUCUGUAAGAUAUCCAUAAGAAUGCUGUUUGCUGCAGUUUCGUGUUUGGAUGCUUUUUAUAAGAUUUGUCACUGUAGGAAAUUCUUAAAUAAAACUGAUUUAAGUAAUAUGUGUCUUUGUUUUGCAGCCCUGAAUGCAAAGAAUUCAUAGCAGUUAAUUAAUUUUACCCUUUUGAGAUGAACUUCUGUAAAGCUUUUUUGCAGUAAUGCAAUUUGUUUCAGAUAAGCAUGCUCUAAAAGUUGGCAAGUCAAACGGAGCCACCGCUCAUCAUGUAUCGGUACCUGACACCCAACUCUAAGCCACUGUAUUUUUGCACUGUUCAGUGAUACGUAUAUAUCUAAAAUCCAGUUCCCACACGGUUGGGUGCCCGCACCUAGAAUGGUAAGCAGUUCCCUCCGGAUUGCAUCUGUACCAAGGAACGUUGCUUAUUCGUUUAGGAGUUGGAGUUCCUCAUCAGAAGUGGGUUGGGGGAGACAGACACUGACUGUCAAGAUGUGUUUCUGUCCUACCCAGAGCAUCGCCUCUGGGGCUGCAGGUUUUUAACUUGUUUCUUGACCAGUCCACUCACGGGCAGUAGGGUUCUGCAACACUCUGGGCCCAGAAGCAAGCUGUACUCGUGUUUAAAACUAGCCACAGGGGAGGCUUUCCAGCUAAACGAAGCAUUAGUAAAUGUACAGACUUUGACAGAAGUCUUAAUCUGAAAAACUUAAGUUUAUUGCAGGUGCAGAAGUGUCAAGAGGCAGCUUGUUAACAAAGGGCAGGAUGUUUCAGCAGAAACCAGUGCAAGAUUUCUGCUGGCAGUAAGAGCUUGAGGAACUGUUUAAUCUACUUGUGCUAAAACCCUCUGAAGCUCAAUCCAAAUUUUUUAGAUGCCAUACUACUGUGGUAUAGGUAGGGAAGUUCUGAAUAUCGAUAUUUAGACAGUUAUUAACCUAUGUAACUUUUAAAGUUGUAUCUUCAUUGCUGCAUAUUGUAUUGAGGCUUGUGACUAGAAGACCAUCCAAAUAGUGGACAGAACUGCACUACUGUUAAGAUUUUCCACUUGCAGUAUUAAAAAAGCAGCUGGGUCUCAAUGUACAUCUUAAAGGGUUUAAGGAGGGGUUCUGAACACUCAGGCUGAAAAGUAAUUCCCACACCUUUGUUCCUAUCCCACUGCAAAAAGUUGCUUAGAUUUUUUUAUUAUUACUAUUUCUGCACCUAAGUCAGAAUAAUCUCCAAACUCUGUACCAUCUGUGAAUUUUGCAUUUUAGCACUUGCACUAUUACCAGCUACUUCUGCUGAGUAACACUUAAAAAUGGUAUUCUUGGACCUCCAAAGACUAACUGUGACCCCCCCUGCAAGGAACUUCAUGGUAAGUUUUUGUAAUUAGCAUGGCUUUAAUUUUGUUUAAAUUGUCCAGGUAUAGGUUUUAACCUAAAGGUUAACCUUAAGGCUGGUUGGCAGCACUGAGUGGUCUUUGCUAGUAAUUUUGGCCUUCCUUCACCCUCAGACAGAAUCGGUGAAAACUUUAGAAUAAUUCUCAAGUAUUAGCAAUAUAUUCUGCUUUGUGUACUCUAGUGUUUAUAAGUGAGUAAAUAAACUAUUGAAAAUGUG